AUGGCGUACCUUUUCCCUUCGCAAGUCGUUUCGAUUCGCCCAUUGAGAGCUGUGCGGCCUGAUGAUGGUCGCGAGUUGCCUCUUAGAAACUUGAAAAUUCCGCUCAAACAUCUCAAUCUACCUCCAUCGAAAGCGGCUCCCAGGGUUCGAACCCGUGACCACAGCCUGACAAUCAAGUGUGACGCUGGAAAACCCGUCAGACCAGCAGAUCUUUCAACGGCUGAGAUCGCAUUUGUGGAAAUCGAGCCGUCGCUGCCUAUUGAUACAGGGAUUGAGACGCGUAAAGUGGGGGAAGAGGAGGGGGAGAGCAAUGGCGGCAAAGGGGAGAGCAACGUGAGGCCAGUGAGGGGCGAAGAGCCGGGGGAUAGGGGGAGUGGGGAUAGGGGGAGCGGGGAUAAGAGGAGCGGAAGGAGAGCAGAGAAAACGAGCAGAGGGGGGGAAAGUUGCGAAGAAGAGGAGGCAGUGGCAAUUAUUGCGAGAGUGCUAAGAGGGAAAUUUGGGCCUCAGAUUGUUCGAGAGGAGGAUGGAGGCGGAAGCAGAGAGGGCGGAAAGGAGAUUAAGGAGGGAGGGGAGGAAAAAGAGGUAGAGGAGGCGGAGAGAGUGAAAGAGGAGGAAGGGGUACCGGUCUGUGAAAUGGAGGACGGCGAGGGGAGAGAGGACGACAUAAAAGCAGAAUUCAGCGAGGAGGAAUUACCAGGUAGCACGUCUUUCUUCACACCUGCAAUGCCACUCAAGGGAGCACGUGCAACCUCUCCCUCCUCCCUCCUCUCCCUCUACCGCUUCUUCUCCUCCCACCUCGGCAUCUCCUCCCCUUCCACGGUCGCUUCCCUCCUCGCCUCCCACCCUGCCCUCCUGCGUUCCGAUCCGGCCAGUGACCUGCUGCCACGUGUCCGGCUAUUGCAGUCGUAUGGCAUAUCCCAGGCCACCAUUGUCCACGUCACCAUCACGAAUGCGUCUUGGCUCCGAAGCUCCCUUCCGCAAAUUCAGGGGACGAUUGAGUUUAUUCUGGCUCGGGGCGUGCGCCGAAGCAAGCUAGGCAUGGUGAUCCGGGGUUCGCCGUACCUCAUCCGCUCGCAUGCUCGUUCAACGAACCUGGACAUUUUGGUGGAGGCAGCAGGGAUUCCUGAGGAGAAGCUGGGUGUGAUUAUAGAGAGAUGCCCAAAUAUCUUAUGUCGAAGUGAAGAAUCCAUACAGGAUCAAAUCAAGCUGCUGUCAGACUACUUGUCAGAUGGAUUCGAAGAGAAGGGGACAGAAGAGGAUACCAGCAGCAGCACAGGACACCUGAAGCAGCACCUGAAAAAACACAAGAAUCGGCAACGUCUGGACAAAAAGAUCCUCCUGACGAGGCUUCUCCUGAACUACCCACGAAUCCUCCUCUCUUCUUCUGAUCGCAUCUCAGCCAAUCUCAGCCUUCUCCAGUCCUUCACUCCCCCUGAUAGCCCCUCCAUUGCCAUCCCUGUUCUCCGCCACGCUCCUUCCAUCCUAAACCUCGGUUCGGAGAAUCUUUUAGCUAAGCUCCAGUUCUUUGUGGAGCUGGUCGGGAAAAAGGCAGCAGGGAGGGUGGUUAGUAGUCAUCCGCUGGUUUUGACUCUGUCUAAGGAGAAUUUGGAGGGUAAGGUGGCGGUUCUGAGCGGUUUAAUUGGCCCGGAGAAUGCUGCGCUCGCAGUGGCGCGAUUCCCACUGCUGCUGACUUCUGGGGAAGAGACCAUGAAGCAGAACUAUGCAGAGCUUUUGAGGGAGUUUCAGGAGGCGUUGGAAGGGGGAGGAGGGGAUGAGGGUGGGAUUGAGGGACUGGAGGCAGGUGGGAUUGGUGAAGCGAAGGAGGGGGAUGGAGAGUAUAGGUCUCAAAAUGGAAAACAAGAAGGUAUAUCCGGUGUGGGUGAAGGUUCUGUGAAUGGAGUGGAGGAGUUAGCACGUAAGCUGGUGAUAAAUCUGGCUGUGAAGUCCCCGCAAUGCGUUUACUACAGCUGGGAUGGGAACAUGAGGCACAAGGUGGAGUACUUGAAGCGGGAAAUGGGGCUCUCUAUAAUGGAGGUGCUUGCCUUCCCUCCAUUCCUGGGGUUUAACCUGGAUCGGCGAAUCAAGACGCGACAUGCGGCGCUGCUGCAGUUGGGCUACGACGUUGUGUCCUAUAAGACUGUGGCUCUUCAGAAGCUCAGCAGCAAUCGGAAAGGGGCUGCGGACAAAGAUGAGGAGAGGGGAAACCGAGAGGAGGACGUGGACGGGAAAUUGAAGAAGGGUUUGGCAGAUGUGGGGAAUGGGGAAGAUGAGUGGCAAGAAGAGGAGGCUGAUGAGGAGAGUAAUGAGCUUCUGGUGAGACCGCAUGAAGACACGGAAAGCGCGAACGUGCGAUUCUAUCCGCCCUUCGAUGGCAAGCCAGUACCAGCGGUUGGGACGGAGACUCGGAUGCGUACAGAUGGAAGAGAGGAGGGAGAGAGUGAGGGAGGAGAGUCAGAGAAGAGUGAGAGUGGAGUGGGAAGAGGGGAGGUGUACGGCAGAGGAGAGCGUACGAGACGUGAGACGAGAGAAAGGAAAUUGGAGGAAAAGGUUGAGGCAGGCCGGUGGAAGCGUGGAGGGAGAGGAUUAUGCAAAGCGACAGAGGAGGAGGAGGCAGUGGCAAUGAUUGCUGAAUUUUUGAGAGAGAAAUUUGGGCCUCAGAUAGUGAUAAAGGAGGAGGGGGGUUCAAUAAACGGAAGGAUUAUGGAUCAGGAGGAGGAUAAGGGACGACAAGAAGAGGAGGAGGAAUAUGGGGAUGAGGAAACAGAGGGUUCAAAAGUAGAGGAGGAAGAUGGUGGGGAAGGGAACGAGGGGGAGGACGCAGCAGUAGUAGCAAAGGAGGAGGUCGGAUCACCCAUCACAUCUCCUCCCACACGCCCUCCUCCUCCACGCAACGGCCCUCGGGUCGUAUCUCCCUCCUCCCUCCUCUCCCUCUACCGCUUCUUCUCCUCCCACCUCGGCAUCUCCUCCCCUUCCAUUGUCGCUUCCCUCCUCGCCUCCCACCCUUCGCUCCUUCGGCAUUCUCCGAACCAAGCUAGCCCCUCCGUUGCCAUCCCAAUUCUCAGCCAGGCCCCCUCUCUCGUCCACCUCAGCUCUCAGACUCUUUUAUCUAAGCUCCAGUACUUAGUGGGAGUGGUGGGAAAGAAGGCAGCAGGGAGCGUGGUGCGCAGCUACUCGUCGAUUCUUAUUCUAUCGGUAGAGAACAUGCGGGGCAAGGUGGCAUUGCUGGGCGAUCUGAUUGGUCGAGAGAACGCCGUGCUUGCUGUGGCUAGAGUAGGAGUGGUUCACGAGGCGGAGAGCGCGACUCUGCGAUUCGAACCGAGCUUCGACGACGAGCCAGUACUGCCGGUUGGGACGGAGGCUCGGUUGCGUGCAGAAGGAAGAGAUGAGGGAGAAAGUGAGGGAGGAAAAUCAGAGAAGAGCGGGAGUAGAUUGACAAGAGCAAGGGAAAUGGAGGACAAGGUUGCGGGAGGCGGGUGGACUGGAGAGAGGGGAGGAUGCAAGGAGACAGAGGAGGAGGAAAAGGCAGUGGCUAUGAUUGCCGGAGUGUUAAGAGAGAAAUUCGGGCCCCAGAUUGUGACAGAGGAGGAGUACGAGGGGUCUACAAACGAAAGGAUUACGGACCAGGAGGAGGCCAAGGGACGACAGGGAGAGGAAGAGGUGGGGUAUGGGGGUGGGGAAAGAGGGGGCGUGGAAGCUGAGAGCGAAGAGGAUGAGGAAUGGAAGGAGGGGGAAGACGCAGAACCAGAAGCAGAAUUGGAAGCAGAAGCAGAAGAAAGUGAGGAGGACGCACCACCCACCACGUGUCCUCCCAAACGGCCUCCUCCUCCAUACUAUGGCCCGCGGGUCGUAUCUCUCUCCUCCCUCCUCUCCCUCUACCGCUUCUUCUCCUCCCACCUCGGCAUCUCCUCCCCUUCCACUGUCGCUUCCCUCCUAGCCUCUCACCCUGCCCUCCUGCGUUCCGAUCCCACCAGUGACCUGCUGCCACGUGUCCACCUCCUCCAGUCGUAUGGCGUAUCCCGUCCCGACAUCUCAGCCAUCACCAUGAGAAAAUCUUCCUGGCUCCGACUCUCCCUUUCCCACCUUCAGGAAAUGCUCGACUUCCUAUUGGCUCGGGGUGUACGCCGUACGAGGCUAGGUUCGGUGCUCCGAAAAUCUCGAAAUCUCAUUAGCGUGCGGGCUCGUUCAACGAACCUGGAAUUUUUGGUGGAGAGAGGGGGGGUUCCUGUGGACAAGCUGGGUUUGAUUAUAGACAGAGCCCCAGAUAUUCUAUCCGCGAGGGAGGAGACCAUACAUAGUCGCCUCGAGCAAAUAUCAGCGUUUUUUACCACUGGAUCCGGAGAAGGAAACGUCAACAGUGGGCACCUGAGGCAACACCUGAAUGGGCAGCACGAGGACAAGAAUCACCUGAGCAGACUCCUGGUGCACUAUCCAGGAAUCCUCCUCAGGUCUUCCGAACGCAUUGGCAGCAUCCUCCGCCUCCUCCAGUCAUUCUCUCCCCCUGACAGUCCCUCCAUUUCCCUCUCCAUUCUCCGCCGUGCCCCCACUCUCGUCCACCACAGCUCGCAAAAUCUCUUAGCUAAGCUCCAGGACUUAGAGAAGCUGCUGGGGAAGAAGACAGUAGGGAUUGUGGUGAGAAGCCACCCUUCAGUUUUGAAUCUAUCUUUCGAGAACUUGCAAGGCAAGGUGGCGUUGUUGGGCGAUUUGAUUGGUCAGGGGAAUGCCGAGCUUGCAGUGGCACGGCAUCCUUUAAUUCUGACGUCUAGCGAGGAAAAUUUCAGAAGGAAUUUCAGAGAGCUUGUGCGAGAAGUGGAAGAGGCAUUGGAGAGCGGUGGGGAAGCAGGAAGUGGAACGCAAAGGCUGGGGGAAGGGGCAUUGAAGCAUGAUGCAAGAGAAUAUGCGGAGCAAGGGGGGAGCGGUGCUGAAAUCCCAGCUAAGACUACGAGCUGGGCUGAAGCAAGCGCAACCGCACGGGCAGGAGAAAGACGAGGCUUCAAGAGCAUUGCUGGUGCCACCACAGCUUGUGAGCUUGUAGCAAAUCUGGUGGUUAAGUUCCCGAAUUCUAUCUGCUUCAGUUGGGAGAGGAUCACAAGUCAUAAGGUGGAAUACCUAAAGCGGGACAUGGGGCUCCCUAUAACGGAGGUCAUUAAGUUCCCUUUCUUCCUUGGGUACAGCUUGGAUCGGCGAAUCAGGCCGCGACAUGUGGCGCUGCUGAGCAAGGGCUAUGUGUUCGUGCCGCAUGAGGUGGCUCUUCCAGUAAAGGGCGGAGAGAGGGCAGAAUAUAAGGCACUGGAGGAUGGGGAGGAUGAGGGUGAGAAAGCUGAGUAUGGGGUGGGGAAGCAUGAGCGUGGAACUGCAAUGGAUCCUACCCAAGACAACUCUGUUGCGUUGGGGAAGAGAGGUGUGAGUUGGCAGCAGGAAAGGAAGGCAGUAUGCUUGGGUCAGUUGCUUCUAUGCUCCGACCACAUAUUCGAAAGGCGGUUUGAUGUUGAGCUCGCACCGUUUUUGCCGUGA